CACGCAGUCAACGGGGAGACGUCGCAGAGGCUACAAUUCCUGGCCACCGCGCGCGAGGACGCGAGGACGUGAGGACGCGACGAGGACGGCGGCCCCCGGGACGCCGAGGACGCCGGGAGUGCCGAUUCUGUCGCCAUGUUCGGGGUGGAGGAGUUCCUGACCAGCGUCCACGAUCGGCGGCAGGAGCAAUAUGCAACCUCGGCAAGCUUCUUUGGAAGCGUUCUUACGGCCUACCUGACGCUCGUGUUGGUCUUGGGCCCUUUCCUCAUGCAGAAACGCUUACCAUACUCCUUAAGGAAUACCCUCGUUCUCUACGACUUGGUGAAAAUUGCUUGCAAUGUCUACUACUUCCACAGGAUUGCAACUAUAUUUUUUUGGAGUGAUACUAGUUUCUGGUGUCCACCCGUUGGAUUUGACACCACAGACGAUCAGACUAAGUUGGUCAGUGACACGAUGUAUUUCUACUAUGCUAUUAAAAUGUUAGAUCUUUUUGACACAAUUUUUAUCGUGCUGAGAAAGAAGAGGAAUCAAUUGACGUUCCAUCACAUCACUCAUCACGUCUCAGUAGCUAUUGCCAGCUGGGUUGCGUAUCGACUCUUCCCAGGCGGAGCUAUGUUAUGGGCGUCAGGGAUCCAAGCUCUGGCGCACGCUGUUGUAUAUUUUUACUAUUUUGUGUCAGCUCAUCAAAUACCUGGCGUUUUCUUUCUCAAACCUUACGUCACUCUCAUUCAAAUGGCGCAUUUUGUGAUUGUAACAAUUGUGAUGACAAUCAACACUGCCAAUAUAACCUGCGAGCAGCCGGUCUUGUUUCUGUUAGCCAACAUUGUCUUUAACAUCAUCAACUUUUUUCUCUUCUCGGACUUCUACCAAACUGCCUACCUCCAUCAAGGCCACCAAGGAUUUGUGAAACAGAAAGAAUGUUAUGAAGAGUACCUGAUGAAGAGCCUCGACAGCUCAAAACGCAUUGUGCAAAAGGAGGAAAAGGAAAACAACACCGCCCAAAUUUGACAUUGUAUACUUGUGUUAUUGAUUUGUUGUUAAUUUUUUCAUGGUUUUAAUACACGAAUAAAGUCGAAUAAAGUGAAUAUGUGUU